GCUGGAUACUCUCAUAUCUGUUGGCUCUGCCUCUGAUGUCAUUGAGUGAGCAGUGCGGGCUUCCAGUGCGCACCUUCGGGGACGCAGCGGUGGAACAGGGAGUGAAUUUUCCGCUCGUCCACACUACUACCCAGACACCUUGUAUUUCUGUCAUAUUUACAGAAUCCGGAGUUUAAUCUGUAGCUGAGCGUCCUGUUAGACACUCCUCAUCAGUCUUGUGUGUUAUUUGAAUGAACUUUUUGAAGGCAGAAAACCAUCUGUCACCAGAAAACCAGCUGUCUGUCAGCGCCAUGGAGAGCAGCGUGGUACACAUAUACAAAGAGGACCGGUGUCCUUCUGACCAGCCGGAGCAGUGCAUCCCAAACUUCACCUGGCAACCCGGCUUAUCGGACGUCUUCAACUACACACCCAACGGCACCUGGGAAGCUGAACCGGAGCCCAUGUCGCCCAUCAUCCCCAUCAUAGUCGCGGUGUACUCUGUGGUGUUUGUAGUGGGCUUGGUGGGAAAUUGUUUGGUGAUGUAUGUCAUCAUCAGAUACACCAAAAUGAAAACAGCCACCAACAUCUAUAUCUUUAACCUGGCUGUGGCUGAUGCUCUGGUCACCACCACCAUGCCUUUCCAGAGCACUGACUACCUGCUCAGCUCCUGGCCAUUUGGUGAGGUGGCCUGUAAGGUUUUCAUCUCCAUUGAUUACUACAACAUGUUCACCAGCAUCUUUACCUUGACCAUGAUGAGUGUGGACCGCUACGUGGCCGUGUGCCACCCUGUCAAGGCCCUGGAUUUCCGCACGCCUGUCAAGGCCAAGAUUAUCAAUGUGAUCAUCUGGGUGCUGUCGUCUGCUGCCGGAGUCCCUGCCAUGAUACUUGGCAGCACUCAGACCAAUAACGGGACUACAGAGUGUGCCCUACAGUUCCCAGACCCCUACUCCUACUGGGACACUCUGAUGAAGAUCUGUGUCUUCAUUUUUGCUUUUGUGUUACCCGUUAUCAUCAUCACCGUCUGCUACACACUGAUGGUCAUGCGGCUGAAGAGUGUGCGUCUGCUAUCGGGGUCACGUGAGAAGGACCGCAACCUCCGCCGGAUCACGCGUCUGGUAAUGGUGGUGGUUGCUGUCUUUGUGGUGUGCUGGACACCCAUCCACAUCUUCAUCCUGGUCAAGGCCCUGUCGGCCAAUGUGCCCGAAACUACUGCUGUCAUGGCCGCCUACUUCUUCUGUGUGGCGUUGGGCUACACCAACAGCAGCCUCAACCCUAUCCUCUAUGCCUUCCUGGAUGAGAACUUCAAGAGGUGCUUCAGGGACUUUUGCUGCCCAGGCAUCAAAGGACAUGGGGAAUGCCAGGGGGUGAGUCGGGUAAGGAGCACACUGCGGGAGCACUCAUGUCCCACAGAAGCCCGGGAAGAUAUGAGGCAGGCCAGGCCAGUAUGACUAGCCAUGGACAUGUCCUCUGUGCCCUAUCAAGACUGGGAGGACUCCAAUGACAUGGGCUUGACUCAGAUCACUACUGCCAUCUGACAGAGAGGGAUAGUUCUAUUUAUUUAUCUAGCAAGCUGAUCAGAUAAUCCAAAAACAAGCUCACUUAAAUGAUGAUCUUGUGUUAUGUUACACUUUUUUAUUGUCAACAAAUCCCAUGAAAAGAUAUUUUAACUCAGUCCUACUGUACAUACAGUACAUUCCAAUUCCCUUGACUGCAUCCACAGUUCCUUCACUUGUGUUUUUUCCUUGCUUCUUAGUUCCUUCCACCUAAGAUUUGAGGAACAGUUGCAUGGACAAAAUGCGAGGAAAGAGGAAUAAUCAUGUUUAUUCAGACAUGAGAAUGGCAUGGAGCCAAUCGGAUGUCACCCAGCUCAUCCAGUGGGAGACUUGGCUCAAUGUAAGCGCAUGCUUUAUGAGCCAAAAAAAAUAAAUAAAUUGCGUAAUUUCGAUGGCUAGAAUCUGAAAACAUGAAAAAAAUUUUCAGGUUUGUGCACCACUGAGUAACUUUCAUAGGAAUCGGUUGGCGCCGUCUUGCCAUGCUGUAUCCAGUUCUCAAUUAAUACAUCCACAGUCCUCUCUGCUGUGCUGCUGCUCUAAAUAUUCACUACUAAAGCACCAAAUAUCAAAAUGCCGCAGAAAAUUGUCCAAAACAAAUGUCAAAUUUUCUCAUGUUUGAGUUACAUUUGUUUAUAAACUACUACUAGAAAACUACCUGUCAUUUUUUUGAUCCGACCUGAGACCUGUUUGUAAAGAUUUACAUCUAGGCUAGGAUCCAGUGUUGUUGGGAGUAAGAGAGUCAGAAGGUAUUGGUUUAGGUCUUUACAUGGGACUUGCUGACAGUAAGAAAGAUACAGAAUAACCCCAGUCUCACCCUUUAAAUUGAAGUUUAGAUUAAAAGGCUAUGUGACAGUGGUGACUGUAGUUCAUAAAUGCCUCUCAGUUAGUUCCCAAAUCACUGUACAGUAUUUCAUAAUUUAUGACAAUCUCUUGUGAAGAAACUGAAACUUGAUUUAAGAUGAACUCAAAAUAUUCUCUUAAUUCUUUUUCACAUAGUUGAUAUCGACAAUGAAAAGAUUAUGAAUCGUGUCCAAACAAACCAAAAGUAUUUAUUUCUGUAGCUAUAUUUAUGCUUUGUUUAACAGACCUGUAAAUUCUCCUGUAGGCUUUCACAUUAAAAUGAAUAAUAUACUGCAGUUCUCACAUGUAUAAAAAGAUCAAAUGAUAUUUUAUACACAGAAUGAACAGUAGUAGUUGACCCUUUAUUAUUUUGGGAACGGCAAUGUUUUAAACUGACUGUGUUUUAUGUGAAUUAUAAUUGCAUUGCUGUAUUGUAAAUUUGCUAAAAGCCUAUAUAUAUUUCAGUUCAUUACAAAAUUUAACCUCUCAGGAAUCAUUCUCUGUAAUCACGAUUCAAAAAUUCAAGAAGGUAUUUCCUCCUUGACAAGAUGGCUGACUUUGAGGAGCAUCCACCUUUCUUUAAAGCCAAACUUUGUGCUCUAGCAGAUUGUUCCGUCUGACACUGCGCCACACAUUUUCAGUUGUGAUGCCGAGUUUUAUGCCGAGAUGUUGAAUAUUGUACAUACUCUCAUCAACCUGGCGUGUUCUCACCUUGUCUGGAAUUACAUGUGAAAACAGAGCAGAAGCCUCCUAGGCAAUAGCCGACAUGACAAUAACACACUGUAUUUACACACCAGGGCUUUCAGUGUUUAGUGCAAUUUAAUGUUUAUACUCUGCUUAGCAUCUCUUCAGCUUGUGAGUGUAUCUUUGUGAAAAUUUCUCUCAGCAAAAUAAGACUGUAAAACAUGUUCAUUUAAAUAGUAGUGCACAGGCUUUUCCUGACAUCAGCUGCAAUGAUUCUUUCCUGUUAGACCUGAAUGAAACAGUUCAUUAUAAAAGCUAACAGUCUGUAAAUGUAUAGAGAUAUGGAAUGUUUAGAUGGUAAAAAAUAAAUUUAUUUGAAUGCAUAUAGUUUUAACCACUAUUUGUUGAGGUGUGUACUGCACCACCAUUUUGUUUGAUCUUGUAUAAAAAGUAAUUGAUGUGGCUGAUUUACUGUCUUGGUUUCCAGCCACUGGGUUAAUUCAGUAAAAUGAAUUCUUAAUUUAGACCUAACUGUUUGUUCUUUAUUUGUCUAAAUUUGAUCAUGAUAUAGUAGCUAUAGCAAAAAAUGUGUUUUUGUACCUUGUUUUGUGUGCCUUACAUUAUUUUUGCCCUCUAAACUCAGCUUGCUUUAAAAGGUCAGCACUUCCUUUUUUUCCUUAAGAAUAUGAAAGUAUAUCGUGGUAAAGGUUUACUAACUAAAGUUAUUGUAGCAUUUUAUAGGAAAGAUGAAGUCUUAUAGAAGACAUACCAUUGUUACUGAAUGUGUUUCCUAAUUAUUAUUUUAAUACUUAUUCAAUAAAUAAGAUUGCAUUAGAAUCUAAUUGUAUUCAUAAACAAAUGAUCAGCCAAAUCAAUCCAGGUCUGAGCCUCAUAUGUGUAUAAUGUACUUCUGAAUUGUAACACGUUGUAUCUGUUGGAUAUUUUACUG